GGGGGUGGAAGCACCGCCACCAUUAUCCGUCCCCGCUCCGAAAGUCGCUUCCCCGCCUCCCUGCCGGAGCCGGAGCCCGGGCGGCGGCGGGGCGCGGAGCGCCGGAGGAAGUGCGGGGUGAAAAAGAAAGAGAAACAGGCGGGCAGCAGGGCUUGCCCGGCCGCGGCGGAGCGGCCAUCUCGGCUGGGAGCGGGACCGCAUCCAUGGAGUUACCGGGCGGGCGCUCCUAAGGCGGGCCCGGGCGGCGCGGCCCUGGCAAUGACACCGGAUUGAGCCGCCGAGGGGGCUCUCCCGGCCGGGGACUGCGGGAGCAUCCCCCGCCCCCGCCUCCUCCCGCCUGUCACCCCAGAGACCGGCGCAACUCCGGGCCGACACUCCUGGCCAAGUCUCAUUGCAGCUCACAAACAGAGCACAUCAUUCAGCCGGUGUUGCUCUCAGCGUCAGAGGUGACGGCGCGGGGACCGAGCGCGGCGCAUCCCUCAGCCUGCGGGGAGCUGGGAAGAGGUGAUGAGAUGGAAGAAAAACGACGCAAGUACUCCAUCAGCAGUGAUAACUCAGACACCACUGACAGUCACACCACAUCCACCUCCAGAUGCUCCAAAAUUCCAAAUACCAAAUCCCCCUGGUCGCGGCAGAAGGAGAAGAAGCCCUCUGAGGUUUUCCGGACAGAUCUGAUCACAGCCAUGAAGAUUCCUGACUCCUUCCAGCUGAGUCCUGACGAGUACUACGUGCUGGCUGAUCCCUGGAGGCAGGAGUGGGAGAAGGGUGUCCAGGUGCCAGCAAGUGCCGAGGCCAUCCCUGAACCUGUGGUCAGGAUCAUCCCCCAGCUGGAGAGCUCACUUUCACAGGUUUCACCCAGCAGCCUGCCUGGCUCUGAGAUUUCAGAAGCUACAAGGACUUACUUGCAGGGAGUGAGCCGCUAUGACCUGGAUGAGCUCGAUGCCUGCUGGUUGGAACUUGUCAACAUGGAGCUCAAGGAGAUGGAAAAGCCUGAGCUGGACGAGAUCACCCUGGAGCGAGUGCUGGAGGAGCUGGAGACCAUGUGCUACGAGAACAUGAACAUGGCCAUCGAGACCGAGGAGGGCUUAGGCAUUGAGUACGACGAGGACGUGGUGUGCGACGUGUGCCGCUCACCCGAGGGGGAGGAUGGCAAUGAGAUGGUGUUCUGUGACAAGUGCAACGUCUGCGUGCACCAGGCGUGCUAUGGCAUCCUGAAGGUGCCCAUUGGGAGCUGGCUGUGCCGGACCUGUGCCCUCGGUGUUCAGCCCAAGUGUCUGCUGUGCCCCAAGAGGGGGGGAGCGCUGAAGCCCACACGCAGCGGGACGAAAUGGGUCCACGUUAGCUGUGCCUUAUGGAUACCUGAAGUUAGCAUUGGAUGUCCUGAAAAAAUGGAACCCAUUACGAAGAUCUCACAUAUCCCAGCCAGCAGAUGGGCUUUGUCCUGCAGCCUCUGCAAGGAGUGCACUGGGACAUGCAUUCAGUGCUCCAUGCCCGCCUGUGUCACCGCAUUCCACGUCACCUGCGCCUUCGACCACAACCUGGACAUGCGGACGAUCCUUGCAGACAACGACGAGGUGAAGUUCAAGUCCUUCUGCCUUGAGCACAGCACCGGCGCCACCAAGUUGCCCGAGGAGGCACGGACAGAGCCCGACCAAGCCCAGCUGGACUUGGAGAAGGUCACGCUGCGGAAGCAGAAGCUCCAGCAGCUGGAGGAGGACUUCUAUGAGCUCGUGAAGCCUUCAGAGGUGGCAGAGAACCUUGACUUGAGUGAAUCGCUGGUGGACUUUGUCUACCAGUACUGGAAGUUGAAGAGGAAAGCAAACUCCAACAAACCGCUGCUGACACCAAAAACGGAUGAAGUGGACAACUUGGCUCAGCAAGAGCAGGAUGUUCUCUACCGACGCUUAAAGCUCUUCAUGCACCUCAGGCAAGACCUGGAGAGGGUUAGAAAUCUCUGUUACAUGGUGACAAGACGGGAGAAAAUGAAACACACCAUUUGUAAACUGCAGGAGCAGAUCUUCCAUCUCCAGAUGAAGCUUAUUGAGAAAGAUCUUUACCCAGAACAAACUGGGAAGAAGACAAAGGGUAAGAAAAGUGACCCAAGAAGGAAAGGAAGAGAUGGUAGAAAAAACAGUCCUGAGAAGACAGAGAAAAGGAAAUCGGUCAACGAAACUGUUUUGGGACAACUGGGCUUGUCAACCUCCUUCCCCAUCGAUGGGACCUUCUUCAACAGCUGGUUGGCACAGUCAGUGCAGAUCACUGCGGAGAACAUGGCGAUGAGCGAGUGGUCACUCAACAAUGCCCACCACGAGGCCAGCACCCCUGGCCUCUCCGAGGAGCUCCUCCAGGAUGAGGAGACCUUGCUGAGUUUCAUGAUGGACCAUUCUCUCAGGUCCCCAUUCAAGCAGAGCGAGACCACAAAGAAAGUGAAAAGCAGAACGAGAACGAACACUAAGAAAAAGCUGCCGAGGAGCAGCCCCUCCGCAGUGGGCGGGGGCCACCCGGAGGGCUCAGAGCCCUGGACUAACAACGCCAGCAACUUGUCGGAUGAUCCCGCCAAGCCCUUCGCUCCGGAUUCCAGACCGAGCAAGUCGGAAAAAGGGGCAGCAAAGCUCCCCCCCGACCGCAAAGGGAUGGGCGAGGCCAAAAAGGUGGCCAGGAAGGGCUCUCUCCAGAAAGCCAGCGAGCCUCAUCCCCCUGCUGGGACACGGGGCUGCGUCAGCAAGGAGGAGGAGGAGGAGGAGAUGCCGCGCUGCGCUCAGACGGAGCCCAGCCCCGCAGCCAAAGUGCCUGACUCCAUAGGUAGCCCCAAAACCAUAGUGCGGUUCAAAUUACCAAAGGAGAGCCGGGGGGCGCGGCGGUCGCAGCCCCCCAAGGCCGAGGGCGCUAGCGGAGCUCCCCUGCAGCACUUCGACGCCGACACGGACGGAUACUUCUCCGACGCCGAGAUGAGCGACUCGGACGGGGAGUCCCGCGACAGCCGGGCGCAGCGGGGCCAGCUGGAUGCGGCCGGCGAGGACAUUGUCAGGAUGAGCAUCCUGGCCUCCUAACUCCUCCGCCUGCGCUGGCUCGAUGAGGCCUCAACCCAGUUCCAACUGCCAUGUCCAAUUUCUGCCUGGUAUCGUGGCGAGGGGAGUUUUUAAUAUGUGUAUAUAGUUGGAAAUUCGGCACUGUUGUCGUUCUCUUCUCGAUAUGCCUGAGAUACAGCUUCAGCUUCACCGACAUCGACGACUGUGACAGCAGUGGUCCCUCCCCGGCUCCCUGCCAGACCCCACUGCCUGGGAACGUGAGCCGGCACCCGCCAGGACCGAUGUCGAGGGGGCUGAGAGGGGUGGAGGGUGCCGGUGCCCGUGCUUUCUGCAGGGAUGACAGUUCAAUUAAUGGGCAUUAUUUAAUGAGGGGCAGAUUUCUGCCUGGGACGGUUGCCCUCAGAGCAGGGAGCAAGUAGAGGGUCCGGCAGUGGUCAGCCGUGGGAGGGGAAAUUCCCACCUGUGUGUGCGGAGAGAAGGAAGCAAAAUAAGCGAUUCUAAAAUAAAUAAUGACUAAAGCACAAAAAGCUUGUUGGAGGAAAAUGCUUGGGGUGGAAGAGAGCAAUGUUACAUUUCUAUUUUUAGGGAAAAAAACCUCUUGGUCAUUAUUUUUCCCCUCACCUUUCCAUCUGGUUGGGAUCUGUCCAGGGGCCAGGAUGCAAAAGUCCUCCCUGUCCAUGCCCCCAGUGAGGUUCUUAGAAACACUGAAGUGGUUUACUCAGGUGAAUGAACCAGCAAGUGGAGAAUGGAAAUGUGGGGCAGGAUGGAGGAGGAAAGCAUCCUUUAAAACCACCAUGGUGGGGUCAGGGUUGGUGUCACCCAGGAGGCUGAGCAAUUUUUUUGCCCAUGCUUCCCUCCAAUGCUGCCGUGGUCCCGCCAUGCCAGGGCAGCACAUUUGAAAUCUCCCUUGCAAACCAAAACCGUGGCCCCAAGGCCAAAUGUGCCGUCACUGAGGGGAAAUGGCAACCCUUGCCACCACCAUUAUGUUUUUCUUCUAAAUGCUACAAUGGAAAUGGUGAAUUUAUUCCUCUCCAUCCUUUGUUUUGUUUUUGUUUUUUUUUUUAACCUUAAAUCCUGGUUACAAGCUGUUGACUCGUUGUGGGGGGGGUGAUUCACAGAAGCUGACAUUAUAAAUAUUACAAUAAUUUAAUGCAUAAAAUGUCCCCAAUAAGCCUUAAAUGUUGUUUAAAAGCCCAUGUUACCUAUAAGUCAGGCGAAUUUCCAUGUUUGCACUUAAUUGCACCAUUACUUCGGUUUUGGCUUCAAAGGUCACAGUUAAGUCAUGCUACGUGUUUUAAUGGAGUGACCCCAGUGUGAGCUCAGGGAACAAAAAAAAAAAAAAUUCACUGAAACUUUUGUUGUUGUUGUUUUUUAAAAAUAAAAAAUGUUUUAAAAAAAUAAAAAAAAAAUAAAACCAACCCAAACCUGGGACACUUCUGCAACUGGUUAAACCCAUUACUAAACAAAAAAACCUUGCAAUUGUCAAACCAAUCAGUCAAAGAAUUUUGUGGAUGCCAAAGAAAUAUUUUGACAGUCAAGCAGCACAGCCAGAAACUGGAAACUUGUCAUUAUGAAAAAAAAAUUGGAAAUUAUUUAGCAACCAAGGACUAAAGACACACUCAUACCACACUGCUGCGGCAUUAGGUUCCAAGCUUGCUCCGAGGGAUGCUGCUGCUCCAAGACCGCAUCCUGCCAUGGUUUUUGGUUUCCGAUGCUUUUUGCUCAUUUCACUGUGAGCUUUCUUUUUGAAACUCUGAGACUAUUUCGAUUGAUGUUUUAGAGUAGAUCAUCAUCUUUAUCAGCCUUCCAAAGUCCUUAUUAUUGAUAAAAUUGCAGCAAAGAUCAGCGAUGACAGCCCAGCUGAUCCCAGACAUGGCGACCGGUGGGGGUUGCAGGUGGGAUGCCCAGCCCUGCCUAAGCCCAACACUCACCUGUCUGAGACUGACCGUGCCUGGGAAGGAAUCUUCCUCAGAUGGGAAAAAUGUGAUACAAGUUAUUAGUGGGGAAAAAAAGAGAAAACAAAAAAACAGCAGAAUACCAACAAAACAGGAACUACCUUUGUUAUAAAUUAGCAUAAUCCAUUGAGGUUGGAAAUGAAAAUCUGCUCAUUAAUUAAGGUUCAGUAUGUUCAAAUAAUGUUAAAUACAGUAAAUAGGACUUAGUUUAUCUUAUCAGGCUUGCUAGCUUUAGUUCCAGUAUCCUAGUAUACGAGUCAUAACAAUAAUCAAUAUGCUGCCUUUUAAUGAAUCUUGCUUCCGUGUGCUUCACUCAAUUAUGGUUAAAAAAAAAGCAAUCCACAAAUUUCACUGUACACAGUUCCAUUCAUCAGCUUCUGCACUACUUGUCUUCUCAGUACAGGAAAGCAAAAAUGGGGAAACUUUAAAGAACAACCAACCUGGCACCUCCAGCAUUGGGCAAUAGCACAGUUUGAAACACUCCCAAAACAUUAGGCAUCAUGUUUUGCCAUCAGGAGAGGGGGGGAAAAGCUAAGCGAGCUGGUGGGGCACAGGGAGAAGAAUGGGAUGGCAGGAAUAAAGAGGAGGAAAAGGGCUCUGGUGAGCUUUGGGGCUGAGCAAGGGCUGGACCAUGGCAGGAUGGCUGCAGCCACCCCAGAGCAUCCCCUGCCUGGAGCGUCCUGGGAGCAGGGGAGUCUGGUGUUCUGGAGAGAAAAUGCACAAGGAAAAUAUUUUUGAUGUUAAUGUAAAUGUAUUUUGAAAUUAAUAGAAAGAGAAGAAAAAAAGGUUUAUUUUAGUACAGAAAUGUUAUCUUUUAAGAUGUAUAAACUGCAGGAAUUGACAUUUGCACUGUAAGAGCACCUGUUUCCUUGGAGAAGCAGCCACUGUUGAGAUGAGGAUGCAGAAAGCAUCAUUCCCUGAUGGAGCACAGCCCCUCACCAGCCCCAGACCUGAUGGCUGAGAGAGUUUCCCCAGCCAUCCUCCAAUUCCCCACUCCCAUUUUCCCCACACCCAUCUUUUGUGGUUUUGGUUUUUUUUUGUUUGGUUUUUUUUUUGUUUGUUUUUUUUUUUUUUUGUUUUUUUUUUUCCACUUGCACCUAUGUUAUGGGGUUAGGAUGCCUGCUGUCCCAUGGAGCUCACCCCAAGGCUGGAUGCAGAAUGGAGCCAGGAUGGAUGCAGGCUGCAGGAAGAUGCUGCUACAGGGCAGGGCAUGAGGUUUGGUUGUUUUUUAAGGAAAUCCCCUGCAGUUUGCACCAUUCCACGUGCAAAACAACCCACUUCACAUCAGUUACAGGAAACGAUAUGAAUGUCGCAGAAGGAGAAACCCUUCUGUUUUCUUUGUUUCAAAGAACGUGAUGUGCCAUUUGUUAAUACAAAAGAGAAAUAUUGAAAAUAUAUUGAAAAGAGCAAUUUUAAAUUAUUUUUGGCUUAUGUUGCAAUAUUUAUUUUCUUGUAUUAGAAAUUCCUUUGUAGAGAAAAAAUGUAUUUUUCAUUAAUGCAAAAACCUAUUUCUCCUUUUUGUACAUUUUCCAUGUUAGUUAAUCCUUAAAGCAAUAUAAUGUUAUCAAACUCGUUCUGUGUGAGACUGUAUUAUGCAUGCUAUUUGUGUUGCCUUGGAAUAGCUCUGUCUGCCAUUAUUUUCAUCCUGUUUAGAUACAGUGUAUGCUUUAAUACACAUUGGGACCAUGGCCCAUUGCUUAUGAAAAGAAAACCCUUUGCAUUCCUCAAUGUGUUGGCUAAUGCAGUCAAUAAAGCAGUGUUUUCUGUGUA